GAAACUCCUCCUUUUCUUCUCUUCAUAUCAGUUAGAAGUGAAAGUGAAAGUCAGCAGGUUGUUUUAGUGAAGAGAAAAACAUGAAGUUCUUUGUGGAAUAAAAUCACAGAUCAAGCUAAGUUCAUGCUGAAAGAAAUCUGACUUUCUGAAAAAAUGUCAGUGAAAUGUGAGAAAAUCAGAACCUCUAAAAUGAGUUGUAGAAAGGAUCAGAAAACGACAAAAAGUGAAACUGUAAGAAGUCCCAAUGCUCCUGUACCCAGCAGUGUGUCCUUUAAAAGUGACCAUUCAAAGGCACAAUCUAUCCACUUUAAAGAUGGAACAAUCUCUCAGAAAAGUGAAACUCAGAGCAGGCCCAAUGCUCCUGUACCCAGCAGUGUGUCUUUUAAGAGUGACCAUUCAAAGGCACAAUCUAUCAACUUUAAAGAUGGAACAAUCUCUCAGAAAAGUGGAACUCCGAGAAGGCCUAAUGCUCCUGUACCCAGCAGUGUGUCCUUUAAGAGUGACCAUUCAAAGGCACAAUCUAUCCACUUUAAAGAUGGAACAAUCUCUCAGAAGAGAGCCCCAAAACAGAACUCAAAAAUCAUCCACAGAAAUUCAGUGGAGUCCAUAUUCAAGGAGCUGCAGCAUAAAUUCAUCACUGUAUUGAAGAAUGAGCUGAACAGGUUCGAGAAGCUACUUAGUGCUGAUAACCCAGCAUGCUCUGAGAGGGGGGAGGAAGAGGCAGAGGAAGAGGAUCUGCACUGUGUUAGAGAGGGUGUGCUGAAGAUCACACUGUACAUCCUGAAGAACAUGAAGCAGAAAGAUCUCGCUCACACCCUGCAGAUCAAGAUGGCCUCUGUGUAUCAGCAAAAGCUCAAAUCUGGACUUCUAAAUAAAUAUAAAAGAAUUAAUGAAGGAAUCUCACAGCAUGGGACAUCUACACUUCUGAAUCAGAUCUACACAGAGCUCUACAUCACAGAGAGUUGGAGUGGAGACAUCAAUAAUGAACAUGAGGUGAGACAGAUUGAGACAGUGUCCAGGAGACCAGCAACAGAGGAGACACCCAUCAAAUGUAAUGAGCUCUUUAAAGACAAGUCCAUCAGAAGUGUGCUGACUAAAGGAGUAGCUGGAAUUGGAAAAACAGUCUCUGUGCAGAAGUUCAUUCUGGACUGGGCUGAAGGAAAAGCAAAUCAGGACAUCAUCUUCCUGUUUCCACUUCCCUUUAGAGAGCUGAAUUUGAUGAAGCAGGAAAACUUCACUCUGAUGAGCCUUAUUCAUCAGUUUUUCCCCAUAAUUAAGGACUUGCAAGUAAUAGACAGCCAUGCCUACAAACUACUUUUCAUCUUUGAUGGUCUGGAUGAGUGUCGACUUCCUCUAAAUUUCCAGAACAAUGAGAGGUUGAGUGAUGUGACAGAGUCAGCCUCAAUGGAGGUUCUGCUAACAAACCUCAUCAAGGGGAAUCUGCUUCCCUCUGCUCUCCUCUGGAUAACCACUCGACCAGGAGCAGCCAGUCAGAUCCCUCCUGAGUGUGUAGACCAGGUAACAGAGGUACGAGGGUUCAAUGAUCCUCAGAAAGAGGAGUACUUCAGGAAGAGUCUCAGUGAUCAGAUCCUGGCCAAUAAAAUCAUCACACACAUGAAGUCUUCAAGAAGUCUCUACAUCAUGUGCCACAUCCCAGUCUUCUGCUGGAUCUCAGCUACUGUUCUAGAGAGAAUGUUGGGUGAAGCAGAGAGUGGAGAGAUCCCCAAGACUCUGACUCAAAUGUUCACACACUUCCUGAUCUUUCAGAUCAAACACAAGGAGCAAAAGUACAGUCAGAAAUAUGACCCUGAUCCACAGAAGAUCAGAGACAGUAUCCUGGCUUUGGGAAAACUGGCUUUCCAACAGCUGGAUAAAGGAAACCUGAUGUUCUAUGAGGAAGACCUGAGAGAGUGUGGCAUUGAUGUCAGUGAAGUGGCAGUGUACUCAGGAGUGUGUACCCAAAUCUUCAGAACAGAGUCUGGACUCCACCUGGGGAAGAUGUUCAGCUUUGUACAUCUGAGUGUUCAGGAGUUUUUGGCUGCAUUAUAUGCGUUUCUCUGCUUCAUUGACAAAAAUCAAACAAAUGAACAAACCACUGAUCUGUCUGGUCUUUUCAACACAUCAGAAAUGUCUGACUUCCUCAAGGGUGCAGUGGACCAGGCCUUACAGAGUGACAGUGGACACUUGGAUCUUUUCCUCCGCUUCCUUCUGGGCCUCUCAGUGGAGUCUAAUAAGAAGCUCAUUCGAGGUCUACUGACACACACAGGAAGCAGCUCUGACUGCCGAAAGGACAUAGUUAAGUACAUCAAGUUAAAGUUCGAACAAAAUCCAUCUCCAGAGAGAUCAAUCAAUCUGUUCUACUGUCUGAACGAGUUAAAUGAUGAUUCACUGGUGAAAGAGAUCCAAAGCUACACGAACUCAGGUCGUCUCUCUGAAGCUGAACUCUCACCUGCUCAGUGGUCUGCUCUGGUCUUUGUGUUGCUGACAUCAGAGGAGGAUCUGGAAGUGUUUGACCUACAGAAGUUUAUAAGAUCAGAUGAAUGUUUUAAGAGACUGUUACCAGUCGUCCAGCAAGCUACAACAGUUCUUCUCAGUGAGUGUAACCUGACAGAGAGAAGCUGCUGGGCUUUACACACAGUUCUCAGCUCAGAAUCCUCCAAGCUGACUGAGGUGGAUCUGAGCAGUAAUCCUCUGGAGGACUCAGGAGUGAAGCUGCUUUGUGCUGGACUGAAGAGUCCAAACUGUAAACUGGAGAAACUCAGGCUUAUUAAAUGUGGCCUAAUGAGGGAAAGCUGUAUAUCUCUGGCAGAAGUCCUCAGUUCACAGCCCAGUUUUCUAACUGAGUUGGACCUGAGUGAAAACAGCCUACAGAAUUCAGGUGUCAUGGAAUUAUCUGAAGGACUCAAGAAUCCAUGCUGUAAUUUGAAGAUAUUAAGACUUUCAGACUGCAGUAUAACAGAGGAAGGAUACACUGCUCUGGCUGACGCUCUGAAAUCAUCUCACCUGAUAGAGCUGGAUCUCAGAGGGAACGACCCUGGAGCAUCAGGAGUGAAAAAACUUGAUGAUACCCAACAUUACAAACUGACAACACUUAGGUUGUUGAAAAGCUCUGCUGCGCAGGAGGCCUGUACUUGGCUAAAUUCAGCUGUAGGUAAAAACCCUUUACUCCUAAAAGAGCUGGAUCUGAGCAGGAAGAAAACAGGAGAUUCAGAAGUGGAGAAACUCUCGGCUCUGAUGAAAGACUCACACUGUAAAUUACAGAAUAUUAAUCUCAGUGAGUGUAACCUGACAGAGAGAAGCUGCUGGGCUUUACACACAGUUCUCAGCUCAGAAUCCUCCAAGCUGACUGAGGUGGAUCUGAGCAGUAAUCCUCUGAAGGACUCAGGAGUGAAGCUGCUUUGUGCUGGACUGAAGAGUCCAAACUGUGAACUGGAGAAACUCAGUCUUUCAGACUGCAGUAUAACAGAGGAAGGAUACACUGCUCUGGCUGAAGCUCUGAAAUCAUCUCACCUGAUAGAGCUGGAUCUCAGAGGGAACGACCCUGGAGCAUCAGGAGUGAAGCUGCUCACUGAUUUAGUGCAGGAUCAAAAGCUAAAGACACUGAGGCUGUUAAAAAGUCCUGAUGCAGUGAAGGCCUGUGAUUCUCUGACUGAGGUUCUGGGUAAAAACCCCUUACUGCAGAGAGAACUGGAUCUGAGUGGAAAAAUAAAAGGAGACUCAGGAGUGAAGCAGCUCUCUGAUCUACUGAAGGAUCCACACUGCAGACCUGAGACACUUAAACUUUCAGACUGCAGUAUAAGAGAGGAAGGAUACACUGCUCUGUCUGAAGCUCUGAAAUCAUCUCACCUGAUAGAGCUGGAUCUCAGAGGGAACGACCCUGGAGCAUCAGGAGUGAAGCUGCUCACUGAUUUACUACAGGAUCCAGACUGUACACUGAAGACACUGAGGUUGUUAAAAAGCUCUGCUGCACAGGAGGCCUGUACUUGGCUAAAUUCAGUUUUAACUACAAACCCUUUACUCCUAAAAGAGCUGGAUCUGAGCAGGAAGGAACCAGGAGACUCAAGAGUAAAGCAGGUCUCUGCUCUGUUGAAAGACUCACACUGUAAAUUUCAGAAAAUAAAGCUGAAUAAAUGUAAUCUGACUGUGGAGAGCUGUUCAGCUUUAGUCAGUGCUCUGAAAUUACAGUCCUGUAGUGUGAGAGAGCUGGACCUGAGUAACAACAAUCUGCAGGAUUCAGGAGUCACUCAGCUUUCUGCUGGACUCAAACAUCAACACUGUAAACUGGAGAUACUGAGGCUUAAUACAUGUGCUUUAACUGAUGGAAGCAGUUCAGCUCUAGCUGAAGUUCUCAGCUCUGAAUGCUGCCAGCUGAGAGAACUGGACCUGAGCAACAACAGUUUGCAUGAUUCAGGGGUCACUCAGCUUUCUGCUGGACUGAAGAAUCCACAGUCUGCACUCACAAUACUGAAACUGUGUAACUGCAGUAUAAAAGCUGAAGGCUGUGCUGCUUUGGCUACAGCUCUGGGAGAAAAUCCCUCACAUCUCUUAGAGCUGGAUCUGAGCGGGAAUAAAGUAGGAGACUCUGGAAUAAAGCAGAUCUCUAAUCUACUACAGAAUCCACACUGCCUCCUAGAAAAACUCAGACUAAUGGACAGUAAUAUCAGAGAGGAAGGAUGCACUGCUCUGGCUGAAGCUCUGAAAUCAUCCCACCUAAUAAAGCUGGAUCUCAGAGGGAACGACCCUGGAGCAUCAGGAGUGAAGUUGCUCAUUAAUUUACUACAGGAUCCACACUGUAAACUGAAGACACUGAGAGAGGAUUCUGACCCCGAGGCUUUUGUGAAAAAACUCAAAUCAGAAAAGAAGAUUACAGACGUUCUCUACAACAUCUUCAAGGAUCUAGACAAUAAAAUGAUUCUAUUUAUAAAACAUGAGCUGGAGAUUCUUAAGAAGUUUCUAAAAAAACAAAACACAAAAUAUUACCAAGAUGUGAGGGAUGAUCUGUGGAGUGUUAAAGAAGCAGCUCUUGACAUGGCAUUGUACUUUCUGAAGUUGAUGGAACACAAUGACCUCGCUGAUGCACUCCAAGAUGCACUAAUAGGAGUUCAGCAGCGUGCACUUAAAUCAAACCUGUGUAAGAAGUUUCAACACGUUUGUGAAGGAAUUGCAAAUCAAGGAGAGUCCAACAUUCUCAACAAGAUCUACACAGAUCUGUACAUCACUGAAGGUGGAGUUCAACAAAUGAAUGAACAACAUGAAGUGAGACAAAUUGAAAAGCAAAAAACUAGUGUGAAAGUUGAAGAAACUCAAAUGGAACAAGAGCAGCAAAUUGAAUGCAAGAACAUGUUCACACCAUCACCUGGAGAAGAAAAACCCAUCAGAACUGUGGUGACACAGGGGGUCGCUGGUAUCGGAAAAUCCAUCUGUGUGCAGAAGUUUGUUCUAGACUGGGCUGAAGGGAAAGAAUAUCAGGACAUCAGGUUCAUAUUUCCACUGCCUUUCAGAGAACUGAACCUGAAAGAAAAGGAAAAAUGCAGCUUGAGGGACGUCAUCUCUCAUUUUUUUCCAGAAACAAAAGGAAUGAGAUUCACAGAUAAGUAUAAAGUCAUGUUCAUCUUUGAUGGCCUGGAUGAGUGUCCACUUCCUCUAACAUUCCAUAAAAACCAGAAAUUGACUGAUGUAACAGAAAAAGCCUCACUGGACACUAUAAUGACAAACCUCAUUGAAGGAAAUCUGCUUCCAUCUGCUCUCAUCUGGAUAACCACUCGACCAGCAGCAGCUGCUAAGAUCCCUGCUGAACAUGUGGACCGGGUCACAGAGGUGCGUGGCUUCAAUGAUGUACAAAAGGUGGAGUACUUCAGGAAGAAAAUCAGUGAUGAGAGUCUGGCCAACAGAAUCAUUGGUCAUAUUAAAGGAUCAAGAAGCCUCUUCAUCAUGUGUCAUAUUCCAGUCUUCUGCUGGAUUUCAGCCACUGUACUUGAGAGGAUUUUGGGAAGAUCAGACAGUGAAGACAUUCCACAGACUCUGACGGAGAUGUACACAUGUUUUCUGAUCUUUCAGACCGUACAGGGGGACAAGAAAUACAAUAGAAAUAAUGCCUCAGACAUUCCAUGGGAUAAAGAGGGAAUUCUUUCAUUGGGAAAGCUUGCCUUUAGUCACCUGGAAAAAAACAACCUGAUUUUCUAUGCAGAAGAUCUAGAAGCCUGUGGAAUUGACCCCAGUAACCUAGCAGUGUACUCAGGAGUGUGCACUCAGGAGACUGGCAGAUUUCUAGGCACAGUUUUCAGCUUUGUGCAUCUCAGCAUUCAGGAGUUCAUUGCUGCUUUGUUUACAUAUGUAUGUGUCCAGAAUGAAAACAAGAAUGUUUUUGAUCAAUCAGAAGAAAGUAAAGAAACACAAGUUAUUGAUUUACUAAAGAUUACAGUGGACAAAGCCUUACAGAGUGACAGUGGACACUUGGAUCUUUUCCUCCGCUUCCUUCUGGGCCUCUCAGUGGAGUCUAAUCAGAAGCUCAUUCGAGGUCUACUGACACACACAGGAAGCAGCUCUGACUGCCGAAAGGACAUAGUUAAAUACAUCAAGUUAAAAUUUGAUCAAAAUCCAUCUCCAGAGAGAUUAAUCAAUCUGUUCUACUGUCUGAACGAGUUAAAUGAUGAUUCACUGGUGAAAGAGAUCCAAAGCUACACGAACUCAGGUCGUCUCUCUGAAGCUGAACUCUCACCUGCUCAGUGGUCUGCUCUGGUCUUUGUGUUGCUGACAUCAGAGGAGGAUCUGGAAGUAUUUGACCUACAGAAGUUCAUAAGAUCAGAUGAAUGCUUUAAGAGACUGUUACCAGUCGUCCAGGAAGCUACAACAGUUCUUCUCAGUGAGUGUAACCUGACAGAGAGAAGCUGCUCGGCUUUACACACAGUUCUCAGCUCAGAAUCCUCCAAGCUGACUGAGGUGGAUCUGAGCAGUAAUCCUCUGAAGGACUCAGGAGUGAAGCUGCUUUGUGCUGGACUGAAGAGUCCAAACUGUAUACUGGAGACACUCAGACUUUCAGACUGCAGUAUAACAGAGGAAGGAUACACUGCUCUGGCUGAAGCUCUGAAAUCAUCUCACCUGAUAGAGCUGGAUCUCAGAGGGAACGACCCUGGAGCAUCAGGAGUGAAGCUGCUCACUGAUUUACUACAGGAUCCAGACUGUACACUGAACACACUGAAUGGAACUGAGCAAAGGCCAAAUUCUCCUGUAUCCAGAUGUGUGUCCUUUAAGGGUGAUCAAUCAAAGCCACUCCCUCUCAUUUUUAAAGGCGGAAGAGAAUCUCAGCAAAGAAAAAACUCUUUCUCAGCUAGACAGCUAAAGCAAACACCCAGAACUGUCAAAACAACAGGGAGACAAUUUAAGGAAAGAGGUCAUUCUCACCGUGAGGCUCCUGUGAAAAACCUCAUCUUAGAAAAGAAGAUUACAGACUUUCUCUACAACAUCUUCAAUGAUCUUGAAAAUAAAAUGAUUAUAUUCAUAAGAAAUGAGCUGGAGAUGUUUAAGAAACUUCUGAGGAAGAAAAAUCCAGAAUAUUACGGAAAUGUGAGGGAUGAUCUGCGGAGUGUUAAAGAAGCAGCUCUUGACAUGGCAUUGUACUUUCUGAAGUUGAUGGAACACAGUGACCUCGCUGAUGCACUCCAAGAUGCACUAAUAGGAGUUCAGCAGCGUGCACUUAAAUCAAACCUGCGUAAGAAGUUUCAACACGUUUGGGAAGGAAUUGCAAAGCAAGGAGAGUCCAACAUUCUCAACAAGAUCUACACAGAUCUGUACAUCACUGAAGGUGGAGUUCAACAAAUAAAAGAACAACAUGAAGUGAGACAAAUUGAAAAGCAAAAAACUAGUGUGAAAGUUGAAGAAACUCAAAUGGAACAAGAGGAACAAAUUGAAUGCAAGAACAUGUUCACACCAUCACCUGGAGAAGAAAAACCCAUCAGAACUGUGGUGACACAGGGGGUCGCUGGUAUCGGAAAAUCCAUCUGUGUGCAGAAGUUUGUUCUAGACUGGGCUGAAGGGAAAGAUUAUCAGGACAUCAAGUUCAUAUUUCCACUUCCUUUCAGAGAACUGAACCUGAAAGAAAAAGAAAAAUGCAGCUUGAUGGACGUCAUCUAUCAAUUUUUUCCAGAAACAAAAGGAAUGAGAUUCACAGACAGGUAUAAAGUCAUGUUCAUCUUUGAUGGCCUGGAUGAGUGUCCACUUCCUCUAAAAUUCCAUGAAAACCAGAAAUUGACUGAUGUAACAGAAAAAGCCUCACUGGACACUAUAAUGACAAACCUCAUUGCAGGAAAUCUGCUUCCAUCUGCUCUCAUCUGGAUAACCACUCGACCAGCAGCAGCUGCUAAGAUCCCUGCUGAACAUGUGGACCGGGUCACAGAGGUGCGUGGCUUCAAUGAUGUACAAAAGGUGGAGUACUUCAGGAAGAAAAUCAGUGAUGAGAGUCUGGCCAACAGAAUCAUUGGUCAUAUUAAAGGAUCAAGAAGCCUCUUCAUCAUGUGUCAUAUUCCAGUCUUCUGCUGGAUUUCAGCCACUGUACUUGAGGGGAUUUUGGGAAGAUCAGACAGUGAAGACAUUCCACAGACUCUGACGGAGAUGUACACAUGUUUUCUGAUCUUUCAGACCGUACAGGGGGACAAGAAAUACAAUAGAAAUAAUGCCUCAGACAUUCCAUGGGAUAAAGAGGGAAUUCUUUCAUUGGGAAAGCUUGCCUUUAGUCACCUGGAAAAAAACAACCUGAUUUUCUAUGCAGAAGAUCUAGAAGCCUGUGGAAUUGACCCCAGUAACAUAGCAGUGUACUCAGGAGUGUGCACUCAGGAGACUGGCAGAUUUCUAGGCACAGUUUUCAGCUUUGUGCAUCUCAGCAUUCAGGAGUUCAUUGCUGCUUUGUUUACAUAUGUAUGUGUCCGAAAUGAAAACAAGAAUGUUUUUGAUCAAUCAGAAGAAAGUAAAGAAACACAAGUUAUUGAUUUACUAAAGAUUACAGUGGACAAAGCCUUACAGAGUGACAAUGGACACUUGGAUCUUUUCCUCCGCUUCCUUCUGGGCCUCUCAGUGGAGUCUAAUCAGAAGCUCAUUCGAGGUCUACUGACACACACAGGAAGCAGCUCUGACUGCCGAAAGGACAUAGUUAAAUACAUCAAGUUCAAGUUUGAUCAAAAUCCAUCUCCAGAGAGAUCAAUCAAUCUGUUCUACUGUCUGAACGAGUUAAAUGAUGAUUCACUGGUGAAAGAGAUCCAAAGCUACAUGAACUCAGGUCGUCUCUCUGAAGCUGAACUCUCACCUGCUCAGUGGUCUGCUCUGGUCUUUGCGUUGCUGACAUCAGAGGAGGAUCUGGAAGUAUUUGACCUACAGAAGUUCAUAAGAUCAGAUGAAUGUUUUAAGAGACUGUUACCAGUCGUCCAGGAAGCUACAACAGUUCUUCUCAGUGAGUGUAACCUGACAGAGAGAAGCUGCUGGGCUUUACACACAGUUCUCAGCUCAGAAUCCUUCAAGCUGACUGAGGUGGAUCUGAGCAGUAAUCCUCUGCAGGACUCAGGAGUGAAGCUGAUUUGUGCUGGACUGAAGAGUCCAAACUGUAUACUGGAGAACCUGAGACUUUCAGACUGCAGUAUAACAGAGGAAGGAUACACUGCUCUGGCUGAAGCUCUGAAAUCAUCUCACCUGAUAGAGCUGGAUCUCAGAGGGAACGACCCUGGAGCAUCAGGAGUGAAGCUGCUCACUGAUUUACUACAGGAUCCAGACUGUACACUGAACACACUGAGGUUGUUGAAAAGUUCUGCUGCACAGGAAGGCUGUGAUUUACUUUCUAGAGUUCUGGGAGUGAACCCCUUACUACAGAGAGAACUCAAUGUGAGUGAGAAAAUAUCUGGAGACUCCCAGGUGAAGCAGCUCUCUGCUCUACUGGAGGAUUCACACUGCAGACCAGAGAUACUCAAGGUAAAUAACAGCAGGAUGACAAAUGAAGGUUGUGCUGCUCUGGCAUCAGCUCUGGGUUUAAACCCCUCACACCUGAGAGAACUGGAGCUGAGUGGGAAUAAACUGGGAGGAUCAGGAAUGAAGCUCUGUGGUGUGCUGAAGAAUCAACAAUUCAAACUGCUGAAACUGGGGUUGUGUAAUUGUAGUCUCACUGAAUAUGAUUGUGCUGCUGUUGUAUCAGCUCUGAGAACAAACCCCUCACACCUCAAGGAGCUGGACCUGAGUGACAAUACAAUUGGAGACACAGGAAUGAAGCAGAUCUCUGAUCUACUGAAGGACUCAAACUGCACUCUGGAGAAACUGAAACUAAAUAACUGUAGUCUCACACAAACACAAUGUGGUGAUCUGGCUAAAGCUCUGGAAUCAAACUCCUCAUCACCUCUGAAAGAGCUGGAGCUCAGAGGAAACUACAGGGUGUCAGAUUGGAACAUUUUUAGAUAUUUUCUAGAGAAUUCAGACUCUAAAUUGAUUGUGAGAAUUUUGAGUUUUGAAGCAGAAGAGGUCUGUGCUUCUCUGACUAAAGUUCUGGGUACAAACCCCUUACUGCAGAGAGAACUGGAUCUGAGUGGGAAAAUAUCUGGAGACUCAGGAGUGAAGCAGCUCUCUGUUCUACUGAAGGAUCCACACUGUAGAACUGAGAAACUCAGGCUGAAUAAGAGCAGUAUUACACACAGAGGCUGUACUGAUCUGAUAUCAGCUCUUACUUCAAACCCUUCACACCUGACAGAACUGGACCUGAGUGAGAACACACUGGGAAAUUCAGGAGGGAUUCAGAUCUCUACUCUACUAAAGAAUUCAUCCUGUAAACUCCAGAAGCUUCUACUUUCAGACUGUAAUAUAACAGAGGAAGGAUACACUGCUCUGGUUAAACCUCUGAAGUCAAACCGCUCAUCACUCCUGACAGAGCUGGACCUCAGAGGGAACGACCCUGGAGCAUCAGGACUGAAGGAGCUUAGGAAUCUGAUAAAUGAUGAAAAAUGUAAACUGAAGACACUGAGGUUGUUAAAAAGUCCUGAUGCACAGAAAGCUUCUGAUCAUCUGACUGAAGUUCUGGGUAUAAACCCGAUACUGCAGACGGAUCUGAAUCUGAGUGGGAAAAUAAAAGGAGACUCAGGAGUAGAGCAGCUCUCUGUUUUACUGAAGGAUCCACACUGCAGACCUGAAACACUUCAGCUCAGUGAGUGUAAUCUGACAGAGAAAGGAUGUUCAGCUCUGCUCACAGCUCUCAGAUCAGAACACUCCACCCUGAAGGAGCUGAAUCUGAGUAAGAACAGGAUUCAGGAUUCAGGAGUGAAGCUGCUCUCUGAGGAACUGAAGAAUAAACUCUGUAAACUGGACACUCUGAGUCUUUCAGACUGCAGUAUAACAGAGGAAGGAUACACUGCUCUGGCUGAAGCUCUGAAAUCAUCUCACCUGAUAGAGCUGGAUCUCAGAGGGAACGACCCUGGAGCAUCAGGAGUGAAGCUGCUCACUGAUUUACUACAGGAUCCAGACUGUACACUGAACACACUGAGGUUGUUGAAAAGUCCUGAUGCAGAGGAAGCCUACACGUGUCUUACUAAAAUGUUCAGUAAAAACCCCUUACUGCACACGGAGCUGGAUCUGAUCAACAAAACACCUGAAGAUGUCAAAGUGAAGCAGCUUUCAGCUCUGCUGCAGGAUCCACAUUACAGACUGCAGAAACUUAGGUUGUAUAAAGUAGACAGUAUGACAGAUGAAGACUGUUCACAUGUGAUUUCUGCUCUGGUUUUAAACCCUUCACACCUGAGAGAUCUGAAUCUGAACAGGAAUAAACCAGGAGAGUCUGGACUGAGAAAUCUGUGUGAUUUCCUGAAGAAUCCUGAAUGUAAACUGCAGACACUAAAACUAUGUAACAGUGUAAGAGGGAAAUCCUGUGCUGAUUUGUCUUCAGCUCUCUGUACAAAUCCAUCACACAUCAGAGAGCUGGAUCUGAGUCGGUGUGAACUGGGAGACUCAGGAGUGGAGAAGCUCUGUGAUCUACUGAAGAAACACGAGUGUAAACUGGAGAAACUGCUACUAUGGAACAGUGUAAGAGGGAAAUCCUGUGCUGAUUUGUCUUCAGCUCUCUGUACAAAUCCAUCACACAUCAGAGAGCUGGAUCUGAGAGAGUGUGAACUGGGAGACUCAGGAGUGGAGAAGCUCUGUGAUCUACUGAAGAAACACGAGUGUAAACUGGAGAAACUGCUACUAUGGAAGAGUGUAAGAGGGAAAUCCUGUGCUGAUUUGUCUUCAGCUCUCUGUACAAAUCCAUCACACAUCAGAGAGCUGGAUCUGAGUGGGUGUGAACUGGGAGACUCAGGAGUGGAGAAACUCUGUGAUCUACUGAAGAAACACGAGUGUAAACUGGAGAAACUGCGACUAUGUAACAGUGUAAGAGGGAAAUCCUGUGCUGAUUUGUCUUCAGCUCUCUGUACAAAUCCAUCACACAUCAGAGAGCUGGAUCUGAGUGGGUGUGAACUGGGAGACUCAGGAGUGGAGAAGCUCUGUGAUCUACUGAAGAAACACGAGUGUAAACUGGAGAAACUGCUUCUUUCAGACUGCAGUAUAACAGAGGAAGGAUACACUGCUCUGGCUGAAGCUCUGAAAUCAUCUCACCUGAUAGAGCUGGAUCUCAGAGGGAACGACCCUGGAGCAUCAGGAGUAAAGCUGCUCACUGAUUUACUACAGGAUCCAGACUGUACACUGAACACACUGAGGUUGUUGAAAAGUCCUGAUGCAGAGGAAGCCUACACGUGUCUUACUAAAAUGUUCAGUAAAAACCCCUUACUGCACACGGAGCUGGAUCUGAACAACAAAACACCAAGAGACGUCAAAGUGAAGCAGCUUUCAGCUCUGCUGCAGGAUCCACAUUACAGACUGCAGAAACUUAGGUUGUAUAAAGGAGACAGUAUUGCAGAUGACUGUUCACGUGUGAUUUCUGCUCUGGUUUUAAACCCUUCACACCUGAGAGAUCUGAAUCUGAACAGGACUAAACCAGGAGAGUCUGGACUGAGAAAUCUGUGUGAUUUCCUGAAGAAUCCUGAAUGUAAACUGCAGACACUAAAACUAUGGAGGAGUGUAAGAGGGAAAUCCUGUGCUGAUUUGUCUUCAGCUCUCUGUACAAAUCCAUCACACAUCAGAGAGCUGGAUCUGAGUGAGUGUGAACUGGGAGACUCAGGAGUGGAGAAGCUCUGUGAUCUACUGAAGAAACACGAGUGUAAACUGGAGAAACUGCUACUAUGUAACAGUGUAAGAGGGAAAUCCUGUGCUGAUUUGUCUUCAGCUCUCUGUACAAAUCCAUCACACAUCAGAGAGCUGGAUCUGAGUCGGUGUGAACUGGGAGACUCAGGAGUGGAGAAGCUCUGUGAUCUACUGAAGAAACACGAGUGUAAACUGGAGAAACUGCAACUAUGUUACAGUAUAAGAGGGAAAUCCUGUGCUGAUUUGUCUUCAGCUCUCUGUACAAAUCCAUCACACAUCAGAGAGCUGGAUCUGAGGUGGUGUGAACUGGGAGACUCAGGAGUGGAGAAGCUCUGUGAUCUACUGAAGAAACACGAGUGUAAACUGGAGACACUGCUACUACGUUACAGUGUAAGAGGGAAAUCCUGUACUGAUUUGUCUUCAGCUCUCUGUACAAAUCCAUCACACAUCAGAGAGCUGGAUCUGAGUCAUUGUGAACUGGGAGACUCAGGAGUGGAGAAGCUCUGUGAUCUACUGAAGAAACACGAGUGUAAACUGGAGAAACUGCUACUAUGGAACAGUGUAAGAGGGAAAUCCUGUACUGAUUUGUCUUCAGCUCUCUGUACAAAUCCAUCACACAUCAGAGAGCUGGAUCUGAGUGAGUGUGAACUGGGAGACUCAGGAGUGGAGAAGCUCUGUGAUCUACUGAAGAAACACGAGUGUAAACUGGAGAAACUGCUGUUAAUAAACUGCAGAAUAACAGAUAGAGGCUGUGCUGCUCUGACUGAGGCUCUGAAGUUAAACUCCUCACAUCUGAAAGUGCUGAAUCUGAGUCUGAAUAAACUGAAAAAUUCAGUCAGAGAUCUGGAGGAGAUACUGAAGCGUUCAGGAGGAGAGCUAAUAUAUUAUUAAUCCACAUGCUGAUCCAUUUCUUCACUGGUGAUAACUGACCUGAUAAACAGCUCUCUCCCUGGAGCCGAGUUCUCUGUACACUAGAAGGAACAAAGACACAGAACAGAGAGGAAGCAGUGUGUACAGUAAUGUAUGGAGCAGUGUGUACAGUAAUGGAGGGAGCAGUGUGUCCAGUAAUGGAGGGAGCAGUGUGUCCAGUAAUGGAGGGAGCAGUGUGUACAGUAAUGUAGGGAGCAGUGUGUACAGUAAUGUAGGGAGCAGUGUGUACAGUACUGGAGGGAGCAGUGUGUACAGUACUGGAGGGAGCAGUGUGUACAGUAAUGGAGGGAGCAGUGUGUACAGUAAUGGAGGGAGCAGUGUGUACAGUAAUGGAGGGAGCAGUGUGUACAGUAAUGGAGGGAGCAGUGUGUACAGUACUGUAAGGAGCAGUGUGUACAGUAAUGUAAGGAGCAGUGUGUACAGUAAUGUAAGGAGCAGUGUGUACAGUAAUGUAUGGAGCAGUGUGUACAGUAAUGGAGGGAGCAGUGUGUACAGUAAUGGAGGGAGCAGUGUGUACAGUAAUGUAGGGAGCAGUGUGUACAGUACUGUAAGGAGCAGUGUGUACAGUAAUGGAGGGAGCAGUGUGUACAGUAAUGUAGGGAGCAGUGUGUACAGUACUGUAAGGAGCAGUGUGUACAGUAAUGGAGGGAGCAGUGUGUACAGUAAUGUAGGAAACAGUGUGGAUGAUGAUUACACUCAGCAGAACCAGGUCAGUAAUGGGACACUCACUGACUCCACAAGUCCAGAAAGUCAUCCUUCAGGCAGUUUCUAGAAGAUCAGAGAACAGAAGACAAGUCAGUAACACCACUAAUACACAGAGGCAACAAAACAGGAGCUCCACAAGCAGUCCCACCUCCAAACCAUGGAACAAACAGUAGCAGAUAAACACCAGAGAAACUCAUCACUGCUGGACAGAAGGAGACAAAAGUGUCCUGUGUUCUGUAGGGAACUGACUCCUAUUUCAGAGAAUUCACUUUCUGGACAAUAAAAUAGAUCCAAAUGUAAGUGUUGGUUUUUGUCCAUGUUCUGGUUAAUGGUCCUUCCUUUAACCCUAAAUCUCUUAUUCAGCACAAACUGAAAUAAAGCUGAUGGUAAGAAAGUGAGAGAAGAGGAAGUCUGACUCUGUUCUAGUUCUCUUUCACACUCAGACUGAAUCUGUCUUAAAUUUAUGAAUUAUUUCUUAUGGAUGUAAAAUGUCUUCAUAAUAAACAGAAUCCUUUACUAUGUCUGGAAUUUCCUCCUGCUGGUGUUUUUAAUUUUUAUUUUAAAUGACUUUAAGUUGUUAAGGUUAUAGCUGAAUAUAAAGUCUUAAAUGUUAUCAUGUUCUUCACUACAUUAAUUACACACAAAUCAGUAGCACCAGAUGAAAGAGAUGCUCUAAUCCUCUAUCAGAAAUGUUUACAUGUAGAAUGAUGAACUGUGUCCAGUCAGCAACAGCGCCACCUACUGGAUGAGGAAUUAUCAUCAGGAAUUCAUCAAACUGUGUAACACUAUGUCUUUAAAAUUUCACAAAUAAAAUCAGAUUAAGUUUAAAGCUCUGUU